GCUGGGGAAAGAGUAGGGGGCGGGAUAUCCUGAGACAACAAGUUUGGCUGUAAGGAAGGCCUACCGACAGGCGCCAGAGCUAGAUCGCUGAGAGAAAGAACACCAGAGCAGCAAAGAGAGGAAAAGAAAAGCGGCAGAAAGAAUAACCCCGAGAAAGGGGGUGGAGAGGAGGCGGCCCCAGCGCCCCGGCCCCCGGCAGGUCGGUGGCCAAUCCGCUGGGGGAAGGGGUGGAGAGUCGGCGGCUCCGGCGGAGAGAGGCCGAGGGGGGUGGGGAGUAGGCCAGGUUCGCACCGCCCUGGCCCCGCCCCCGGCCCGCGCCGCCGCCCGCGCUGAGCGCCGCCGCUGUCAAUCAAGGGCGAGUCAGCCGGGCUCGGGCGGAGAGAGGAGCUGCUACGCCACAGCCCAGCGGCGGCCAUUCGUGGAAAAAGAGGCAGAGCCUGUGCCAGCUACAGCCUCCUUCGAGCCACCGCGGGCGGGCGGGACCGGCCUCUCCUCCCGCCUCGCCCCCACCCCCACCCACCUCUAUCCCUGUGUCUCCGUCUGAGGGUUUGUCCUGUUAAUGCGGGAUGAGCGAUCAGAAGAAGGAGGAGGAGGAGGAGGCGGCGGCAUCGGCGAUGGCUACAGAAGGAGGGAAAACCUCUGAGCCAGAGAAUAACAAUAAAAAACCCAAAACCUCAGGCUCCCAGGACUCUCAGCCCUCUCCUCUGGCUUUACUGGCAGCUACUUGCAGCAAAAUAGGGACUCCUGGUGAAAAUCAAGCAACUGGACAACAACAAAUUAUUAUAGAUCCAAGCCAAGGAUUGGUGCAGCUUCAAAAUCAACCACAACAGCUAGAACUGGUAACAACACAACUUGCUGGAAACGCUUGGCAACUUGUUGCCUCCACUCCUGCUUCAAAGGAAAAUAACGUUUCUCAACCACCUUCUAGUUCGUCUAGUUCUUCCAGCAGUAAUAACGGGAGUACGUCUCCUACAAAAAGUAAAUCAGGUAAUUCUUCUACCCCUGGUCAAUUUCAAGUCAUACAAGUACAAAAUCCAAGUGGUAGUGUACAGUAUCAAGUGAUUCCACAACUUCAGACAGUGGAAGGCCAGCAAAUUCAAAUCAGUCCAACCAGUAGUUCAUCUCUACAGGAUUUGCAGGGUCAAAUUCAGCUCAUUUCUGCAGGUAAUAAUCAAGCUAUCCUCACGGCUGCUAACAGGACAGCUUCUGGGAACAUUCUUGCUCAAAACCUGGCAAAUCAGACAGUUCCAGUUCAAAUUAGACCUGGUGUUUCAAUACCACUGCAAUUACAGACCCUUCCUGGUACUCAGGCUCAAGUUGUAACAACACUACCAAUUAACAUUGGAGGAGUGACUUUAGCUUUGCCAGUGAUAAACAACGUGGCUACAGGAGGAGGGGCAGGACAGGUUGCCCAGCCCGCUACUACUACUGAUAGUGGAACUUCAAAUGGGAGUCAGUUAGUUUCCACACCCACCACCACCACUGCUUCUGCCAGUACUAUGCCGGAAUCUCCCUCCUCUUCAACCACCUGUACAACCACUUCUUCAACAUCUCUGACCAGCAGUGACACAUUAGUGAGCUCAGCAGAUACGGGACAGUAUGCAAGCACAUCAGCCAGUAAUUCAGAACGCACUAUUGAAGAAUCUCAAACACCUGCUGCUACUGAAUCUGAAGCCCAAAGCUCCAGUCAGCUUCAGACGAAUGGAAUACAGAAUACACAAGAUCAGUCAAAUUCUCUUCAGCAGGUGCAAAUUGUGGGCCAGCCUAUCUUACAACAGAUCCAGAUCCAACAGCCUCAGCAACAGAUUAUUCAGGCUAUUCCACCACAGUCAUUUCAACUCCAGUCAGGGCAGACAAUUCAGACCAUCCAGCAGCAGCCUUUACAGAAUGUUCAACUUCAAGCAGUAAAUCCGACUCAGGUGCUUAUCAGGGCUCCAACUUUAACUCCUUCAGGGCAAAUCAGUUGGCAAACUGUACAGGUUCAAAAUAUUCAGAGUCUUUCCAAUUUGCAAGUUCAGAAUGCUGGGUUAUCCCAGCAAUUAACCAUCACCCCAGUGUCUUCAAGUGGUGGCACAACUCUUGCUCAGAUUGCUCCAGUGGCUGUUGCUGGUGCCCCAAUAACUUUGAAUACUGCCCAGCUUGCAUCAGUGCCUAACCUUCAGACAGUGAGUGUUGCCAACCUGGGUGCUGCAGGCGUUCAAGUGCAAGGAGUUCCUGUUACAAUCACUAGUGUUGCAGGUCAGCAGCAAGGACAAGAUGGAGUCAAAGUCCAACAAGCUACAAUAGCUCCUGUAACUGUAGCAGUCGGAGGAAUUGCUAAUGCUACGAUAGGUGCUGUUAGUCCUGACCAACUCACACAAGUGCAUUUGCAGCAAGGCCAGCAAGCUUCUGAUCAAGAGGUACAGCCUGGCAAGAGGCUUCGAAGAGUUGCCUGUUCCUGUCCUAACUGUAGGGAAGGAGAAGGAAGAGGCAGUAAUGAACCAGGAAAAAAGAAACAGCAUAUUUGUCAUAUCGAAGGAUGUGGAAAAGUUUAUGGCAAAACAUCUCACCUACGAGCACAUCUUCGUUGGCACACUGGAGAAAGACCUUUUGUGUGCAACUGGAUGUUUUGUGGCAAAAGAUUCACAAGGAGUGAUGAGCUUCAGAGACACAGAAGAACCCACACAGGUGAAAAGAGAUUUGAAUGCCCAGAAUGUUCUAAAAGGUUUAUGCGGAGUGAUCAUCUCUCCAAACAUGUCAAAACGCACCAGAAUAAGAAAGGUGGUGGGACAGCUCUUGCCAUUGUUACCUCGGGAGAACUGGACUCGUCUGUCACAGAGGUGCUUGGCUCCCCAAGAAUUGUCACAGUUGCAGCCAUUUCUCAAGAUUCAAACCCAGCAACUCCCAGUGUUUCAGCCAACAUGGAAGAAUUCUGAAGAGUUAUUUAUAACAGACCUCUAGUGCUGCACUUAAGUUUACACACCUUUGAAAAUCUGGAAAUGGGCUGGUCAAGUGGAUUACAGAGUAGGAAAUCAUGUUUUCAUUCUCAGCUUCUUUAAGUAUUCCAAGGUUUUAAGUCAACAUGUGAAAUGUUGAAAUUUUGAAGCAAACUAUUGUACUGGAAACAGAUAGAAGAGUAUUUCCUCCAUUCAAUAAGUUGUAGUUAUUUGGAAAUGUGUCACAUGUUUAAACUGAAUCUUCCCCUCUCAGCAUCAUGUGUUAACAUGUUUAGAAAGACAGACCUCAGUAGUUUGCAGGCUGGACCUUAAUUGGACUUAUUUUCUUUGAAAUACUUUGUUAUAAAUUCAGUCGGUAAUAAUUUAUAUGGAUUUUUUUUUCCUACAGCACAGAAAACAAGAUAGUUAACUGAUAAUAGGGAUGAUACUUUAUUUCCUUAGCUUGAUUUUUGAAAAUCAGCUGAAAAUAGUUUUGGCCGUCUUUUCUAAAUGUUAGAAAUUCUUCAGCAGUUGAAUUAGGUAAGUUCCAAAAAAGUAAUCUGAGCUGUGUCUCAGAUCUUUAUUACCACUACAUUAUAGUAGUGUGUAUGCAGACAAUCAGUGAAGUUGAAUGACUUUCUCCAUUUGGAGACACAAGUGGAACUUAGAGCUAAACAUUAGGUUAAAUUUUAGAACGAAACCUUAGGAAAAUAUGGGGGGUGGGGGGAAUGGUUAAAACUCAUAAUAGCUUCAGAAAAAGUAAAAUGCGGUAACUUAACAUGUAAGGUUUUGAAGUUAGGACUGAUUAAAUUCCUAACUUUGGGUUGUACCACAAAAUUCAUUUUAAAUGUUUAUAUUGGAAAUAUUUGCAUAGAGUAUAAAUCAAUCUGUAGUUUCAUAUUCUGUAAAUACAAGUUAUGUUGACAAUAAGCAAAAUUCUUUAUGCUUUGACUUGGUAGCCAAAGAAAGAAUUAUCACACUUUUUUAAGGCCAGCAGAAAAUUACCUUGUAACUACACUAUAAUUUCCAUUUUCCUCUCUACUAAAACUUAGCCAAUCCCAUUGUAUAUCUAGUACUGUGUUAGAAGGCUGAUUAAGAAUUUCUAACACAGUAAUGUCAUUAGCUUAUGCCAGUAACUGAGUUUUUCCUAAGAAGACAGCCUAACAAAUGUGUAACAGGUAUAAUACUAUGAAGCAAAAAUUAUUUUUUAAAAAUUGGAAUAAUUUUUAGUUAAGUGAUUAAAGAAAAAAUGUAUUUCAUUGUUUAUGUAAGGGUCUUAUAGGAAAGAUGGCCAAAAGUUUAAUAUGAAAAAAUGUUUGGAUUAUAUCAGUAGUUUAAAUAUUAGUAAGAUAUUUCAUAUUUUAAAAAUAUAUUUACUCAGAUUGUAAUGGAAUUGGAAUUGACCAUUUGAAAACUAAAGGUUUUUAACUGUUUGGGUUAUUUUAUUAACAUCCUUAGUUUGGGGACUGUUCGGAUAUAGGUACGUUUUCUUGUGCAUUCUCUAUUAUUUCAGGAGAAGUACUACUCAUGAGAAUUCUCUUCCAAAAUCGUGAUAUUUCUUGUAUUUUUGAUGAAGGAGAAAUACUGUAAUGAUCACUGUUUACACUGUGUACACUUUAGGCCAGCCCUUUGUAGCGUUAUAUAAAACUGAAGGUCUUUUGUACUUUCAGUUUGUAUAAAAAAGCUUUGAGAUUAAAGGUAAAAAAAUUUUUACACUGUGGUUAUAAAUUUCAAGUUUCUUAAAGCUUUUGUAGACUUGUAACAAAGUCUUUAAAUUUUAGUUGGAUUUUGUAAAUUGUUUUGUAUAUUUUAUUUAAUGUACUCUUAAUAACUGAUGUAUCUGGCUUUAAAAACAUCAGAAUCUGUUUGUUUUGUUUGGUACAGAGGAGCAUUUGGUAGUGUUAUUUUAAUUUUAUUAUAUAGGAGCUGAAACAUCAAAUAUAUAUUUUAUCUAUCAUUAUGCUACACAAUCAGUGCUAUAAAUUUUUUUAUGCAAAGAAACUUU